CCCGACCUCACGCUCUUCCGCCUUAGGCGGCCGCUAGGCGGGAGGGACAACCCCUCCGAGCCCCCCCACCGCCCGGUCCGGAGGCCUGGGGACCGAGACCCGCUAGGGCUGGGGGAAGUCUCCGCUUCUUCCGCCCGCACCCCGGGCGCCGGUCCCGGCUCCGGCUUCCCGGGGCUGCUGAGUGCCUCCAGUUGGGUGCUCACCCAGAGGUGAGAGCGACUGGGUCGGGCCGCCAGGGGGCGCUGCGGAGCCGGGGGACACCCCUCCCUGCCGGCCUCAGCCCCCCGCCCCCUCCCUGCCCGCGCGCAAAACACACUCGCCCCAGAGGCUGCACGGCUGAGCCCUAGCCGCGGCCGGAGCGGAGCCGGAGCACGGCGGCGGUGGCGGCACCAUGACCCUGGGCAGCUGCUGCUGCGAGAUCAUGUCCGCCGAGAGCUCCCCGGCCGCGCUGUCCGAGACCGACGCAGACAUAGACGUGGUGGGCGGCGGCGGCGGCGGCGGGGGGGAGCUCCCUGCCCGCUCCGGGCCCCGCGCCCCCCGGGACCUGCUCCCCCACGGCCCCGAGCCUCCCCGGGAGGAAGCCGAGGCGGACGCGGCCGAGGACGAAGAGUCAGGCGGCUGCUCGGACGGCGAGCCCCGCGCCCUAGCGCCCCGGGGGGUGGCGGCCGCAGCGGGGAGCCCGGGGCCGGGGGCGGCGGCCCGCGGGGCUGCGGGGCCCGGGUCGGGGCCGCCGUCGGGGGGCGCGGCGACGCGGAGCCCGCUGGUGAAGCCGCCCUACUCGUACAUCGCGCUCAUCACCAUGGCCAUCCUGCAGAGCCCCAAGAAGCGCCUGACGCUGAGCGAGAUCUGCGAGUUCAUCAGCGGCCGCUUCCCCUACUACCGGGAGAAGUUCCCCGCCUGGCAGAACAGCAUCCGCCACAACCUCUCGCUUAACGACUGCUUCGUCAAAAUCCCCCGCGAGCCGGGCAACCCGGGCAAAGGCAACUACUGGACGCUCGACCCGGAGUCGGCCGACAUGUUCGACAACGGCAGCUUUCUGCGGCGCCGCAAGCGCUUCAAGCGGCAGCCGCUGCCGCCGCCGCACCCGCACCCGCACCCGGAGCUGCUGCUGCGCGGCGGGGCGGCGGCAGCCGGGGACCCCGGCGCCUUCCUGCCCGGCUUCGCCGCCUACGGCGCCUACGGCUAUGGCUACGGGCUAGCGCUCCCGGCCUACGGCGCGCCCCCGCCGGGCCCGGCCCCGCACCCGCAUCCGCACCCUCACGCCUUCGCCUUCGCCGCGGCCGCGCCCUGCCAGCUGUCGAUGCCCCCGGGCCGAGCUGCUGCGCCCCCGCCCGGACCUCCGACGGCCUCGGUGUUCGCGGGGGCGGCCUCCGCCCCGGCUUCUGCGCCUGCCCCCGGCACAGGGUCGGGCCCAGGCCCGGCAGGCCUACCCGCCUUCCUGGGCGCCGAGCUGGGCUGUGCCAAAGCCUUCUACCCCGCUUCUCUGAGCCCUCCCGCAGCCGGCACCGCGGCCGGUCUGUCCUCCGCACUCCUGCGCCAGGGCCUCAAGACGGACGCGGGCGGCGGUGCGGGCGGCGGGGGCUCGGGGCCCGGGCAGCGGCCUUCCUUCUCUAUAGACCACAUCAUGGGCCACGGCGGCGGCGGGGCAGCACCCCCGGGCGCGGGCGAGGGCUCCCCGGGAUCGCCCUUCGCGGCUGCGGGCCCUGGAGGUCAGGCCCAGGUCUUGGCCAUGCUGACUGCCCCGGCUCUGGCCCCCGUGGCCAGCCACAUCCGCCUCUCGCACCCGGGGGACGCACUGCUGUCCUCGGGCCCCUCAUUUGCCGGCAAAGUCGCCAGUCUCAGUGGUUGCCACUUCUAAUCGCAUCGGGCUGGGAGCCAGCGAGGCCCCUCAGCGUCUCCCGGGAGCUCCCGCCGCCCCAGCGGAACUCAGGGAGUCUAUUUAUCCAGAGUCUCCAGCCCGCGGGCCGGCGUGGGACUGGGUACCGCAGGCGCCACGCUCAGAACCUCCCCGACGGAGUUGGGACGAAGCGGGCUCCCGCGCUCAGGGACAGGCCCGGGUCGACGCGACCAGCUGCAAGCUGGCAGCCCGGACCAGUUUGAGCAGUCAAAGGGGAGAGGGGAGUGUGCCUGCUUCCCAGCCCCUGUGCUUCUGAGCAGCCCGCGAGUGAAGAAAAGCCUGCCCACCCAAGAGAGAUGCCUACCCAGCUCCAGAGGAUCCAACCCCAAACGGGUUGCACCAAGAGGGCUCCCUCCUGGCCUCUCUCUAAUUCCUCCCCCAACCUUGAGGCUCCUGCGUAUUCACUAUUAUAAUUUAAAGACACCUAUUAUCUAUCCGCCUUGUGCUUAAAAAGGAAAAUUCAACUCUGUGCCCCUUGUCCUUCUCCAAGGAGUCCUUCUCUUGAUAGCCUAAAGCCGUGUCAACAGCAGGCUGAAAAGAGUCUCCACAAUCCCUAACAACUCCCCCUUCCACCCACCCCCACCCCCAGUUACCACUCCACUGAGGAAAAUUCUUCCUUUAAAACAUUUUUUUAUGGUUGUUGGUUUGAUGGUGAUGCUGCUGGGUGCUUUUGAAGGAACUCCCCGCCCCCUUACUUAUGGCCGGCUGGGUCCAGCCACUCAGGGCCAGUGGACUGUCCCUAUCAGUCCUCUUAGUCCUAAGCCCUGGGGUAUUUAUUGUAGUGAAAGGCAAUGAGGUUGGGGUGGGAGAGGAGGGUCUGGGUCUGGAGAAGUGCUGGUGGGUGGGUCAGGGCACAUCCUGUGGCAGGAGUCCUGUAAUUACGUGUAAAUAUCUGUACAGCGGGCUGCUAUCUGAGUUCUCUGUCCACUGGGUGUGCGUCGAUUUAGACUUCACUUUGGGGAGACCAUGAAAUUGUCUGAUGGUUUGUGUGGAAGAAAAGACAAAUCUGUCCCCCACCCCCACCCCGCAUUCCCAGUCCCCAAUGGUGUCAAUCGAAUAAAUGUAUGUGAAUUCCAGCAGUAAUAAAUGUGUGUGAGCUCUGUCGGCUCGCCUG